CGCUGAGGAAAAACACGUCUUUCUUGAAUCAGCGUUUCCCUUCAAAUCCAAUGAUUUUGUUUGCAAGGGUCGAUCGGAGGUGAGAGAGAGAGAGAGAAACGAAACACUCCCUCUCACCCUAUCAGUUUAUGCAAGCGUCCAUUCAUUGAUUGAUUCCGGGCCAUGGGGCAAGAGAACAACCACAAGCGCACCACCAGCGCCGCCUUGCCCACCGCCCGAGGCCGCGGCGCCGCACUCCCCCGCGGCCGCCAGAUCCAGAAGACCUUCAACAACAUCAAGAUCACCAUCCUCUGCGGCUUCGUCACCAUCCUCGUCCUCCGCGGCACCAUCGGCGUCAACAACCUCGGCUCCUCCGACGCCGACGCCGUCAACCAGAAUCUCGUGGAGGAGACCAACCGCAUCCUGGCCGAGAUCCGCUCCGACGCCGACCCCAACGACCCCGACGAGCAAGCCCCCUUGAACCCUAACGUGACCUACAGCCUGGGCCCCAAGAUCCGCAAUUGGGACGAAGAACGCAAGGCUUGGCUCCUCCAAAACCCCGAAUACCCUAAUUUCGUGAGAGGUAAACCCCGCAUCUUGCUCCUCACUGGUUCCCCUCCCAAGCCCUGUGAUAACCCUAUUGGGGACCAUUACCUCUUGAAGUCCAUUAAGAACAAGAUUGAUUACUGUAGAUUGCAUGGGAUUGAAAUUGUUUACAAUUUGGCCCAUUUGGAUGUUGAGCUUGCUGGCUAUUGGGCCAAAUUGCCCAUGAUUCGGAGGUUGAUGUUGUCCCACCCUGAGGUCGAGUGGAUUUGGUGGAUGGAUAGUGAUGCCUUUUUCACUGAUAUGGUCUUUCAGCUUCCUAUGCCUAAGUAUGACAAAUACAAUUUGGUUCUCCAUGGCUACCCUGAUCUCAUGUUUGAGCAGAAGUCUUGGAUUGCUAUCAAUACCGGCAGUUUUUUGUUUAGGAAUUGUCAGUGGUCUUUGGAUUUGCUUGAUGACUGGGCUCCCAUGGGCCCCAAGGGGCCCAUUCGUGAGGAGGCCGGCAAGAUCUUGACGGCCAAUCUCAAGGGCCGGCCGGCAUUCGAGGCCGACGAUCAGUCUGCUUUGAUAUACUUGUUGCUGUCCAAGAAGGACAAGUGGAUGGAUAAGGUGUUCCUUGAGAAUUCUUACUAUUUGCAUGGAUAUUGGGCUGGAUUGGUGGAUCGGUAUGAGGAGAUGAUUGAGAAGUAUCACCCUGGUUUGGGGGAUGAGAGGUGGCCCUUUGUGACGCAUUUUGUCGGCUGUAAGCCGUGUGGGAGCUAUGGAGAUUAUCCUGUGGAGAGGUGCCUCAGUAGCAUGGAGAGGGCUUUCAAUUUUGCUGAUAAUCAGGUGCUCAAACUCUAUGGGUUCAGGCAUCGCGGUUUGCUCAGUCCCAAGAUCAAGAGAAUCAGGAAUGAGACGGUUAAUCCUUUGGAGUUUGUAGACCAGUUUGAUAUUCGGAGACAUUCUGCAGAGAGCACUGAAUCCAAGAGCUAGUGAGAAUGGAGUUGUUCAAUGGUGCUGUUAUAGAGAGUAAUUAAUUAGAGACGAUGAAAUUUCAUUUGGUGACGGUUCUCACGUGUAACUUCUCUGCAUUUUCUGUUGUCUUGGUGCUACUUCGAAAAUGUUAGGAUAUAAUUCUUUCGUAAGUUAUCAUCUUUCUUCCAAGUUUGAGCAAUCAGCCAACAAAUUUUAUUUACUCAUCUGCUGUAUACUGAGCUUCCUUUGUAUUUGGGCUUUUGUGACAUGAAAUGAAUUCAAGAACUUAAUUAAUAUACUUACAUGUCCUCUUGAUUUUUGUUGUAAUCUGUAGCUCAAGGUAACCAUUAGUUUCAAACAUUAUAUUUGAUAUGCAUGUGUUUUCCAAAUUCCAAGAGAAGGCAAAGGGAAGACAGGUAUGAUCUUCUCAACAAAGAAAGGGUGUGAUAGUUUGCUUGAA